CCGCGGCAGCGCAGAGCCUGACUGGCAUUUCUGGGGACGCAGAUGCCCCCGCGGGGGCUGAGGCGGUGGUCCCGAGCUAACAGCUCCCCACACCUUCGCCAAGUCAGGCGGGAUGCGAUAGUCGGUGCCGGGCUACGGUAGGCGCCGGGAUGCAGCGGGAGGCUCCUGCUGCCGCCUCACCCAUGCGGAUCUCGAGUCCGGCUGCUGGAGGGCUUUUCACCAGCUGAGCUUCACUGAGGAGAAGACAAGAUGUUGAGGGAAAAAAUGACCGUUUUUGGCAAGAAGCUGAUCCGCCGGCGCAUGGUGGACCUGAGCUCCAAUGAUACCCAUUUUGCUCGCUGCCUCUCCACGCUGGACCUUGUAUCCCUGGGGGUGGGCAGCACACUAGGGGCUGGUGUGUAUGUGCUGGCCGGGGAGGUGGCCAAGGAGAUGGCUGGUCCCUCCAUCGUCCUCUCCUUCCUGGUGGCUGCUUUCUCAUCGGUACUGGCUGGACUCUGCUAUGCAGAGUUUGGGGCCCGUGUCCCCAAGGCCGGCUCUGCGUACCUCUACAGCUACGUUACUGUUGGCGAGAUCUGGGCUUUUAUAGCCGGGUGGAACCUCAUUCUCUCCUACGUGAUAGGUACGGCCAGUGUGGCUCGGGCCUGGAGUGCAACAUUUGACAACAUCAUCGGCAACCACAUCUCCACUUUCUUUGUCACCAACAUCCCAAUGCACAUGCCAGGAGUGUUGGCCGAGCAUCCGGACUUCUUUGCUUUGAUCCUGAUUUUGCUGCUUACUGUACUGCUGUCUUUUGGUGUCAGCGAAUCUGCCCUCGUGAACAAAAUCUUCACGGCAGUGAACCUGUUGGUGCUGGGCUUUGUCGUCAUUGCUGGAUUCAUCAAGGGAGACAUCAAGAACUGGCAGCUUUCAGAGGAGAGCCAUGGCAAUUUGUCACUGCCAGACACACCGGAUGGCAAGAAAAAAGCUUUUGGCUCUGGUGGGUUUUUCCCCUUUGGACUGGAAGGGAUGCUGACCGGCGCUGCCACCUGUUUCUAUGCCUUCGUGGGCUUUGACUGCAUUGCCACCACAGGGGAGGAAGCCAGGAACCCACAGCGCUCGAUUCCCAUUGGCAUCAUUGUGUCCCUCCUCAUCUGCUUUGUGGCUUAUUUCGGGGUCUCUGCGUCCCUGACCCUCAUGGUGCCCUACUUCCUCCUGAACAAGAGCAGCCCUCUGCCUGAGGCUUUCAAGGCGGUUGGUUGGGAGCCCGCCCGCUACGCUGUUGCCGUUGGCUCGCUCUGUGCCCUCUCCACCAGCUUGCUGGGCUCCAUGUUUCCCAUGCCCCGAGUGAUCCACGCCAUGGCAGAGGAUGGGCUGCUCUUCAAGUUCCUCUCCCGGAUCCACAGUGGCAGAAAGACCCCUCUGAUCGCCACCUUUGUCUCGGGGUUCUUCGCAGCGGUGUUUGCCCUCUUUCUGGACCUGAAGGACCUGGUGGACCUCAUGUCGAUCGGCACGCUGCUGGCCUACUCCCUGGUGGCGGUGUGCGUGCUCAUCCUCCGGUACCAGCCCAGACAGCCGAACUCCCCGAAGGCCGUGGAAAUGCUGGAGCUGAAUGGGAAUGAGGAGGAGAGAGUGAUCAUGAACCCAGCCAUCACUGCUGCCAGUGCCCAGCACAAAGAGACCGUGUCCCUGGCGACGCUCUUCAACCCGCCUGGGGACUCCCCCACUGUGCUCUCGGGGCGCAUUGUCUAUGUCUGUGUUGCGGUCAUUGCUGCACUGAUCACAGUCAUCUGCGUGGUCCUGACCCUCAAUAAGGAUGCGCUGAAGGAUGCCAAUGUGGGCUCUGUUGUGCUUCUGGUGCUGCUCCUCGUGGCUCUGCUCAUUUUCACCAUCAUCAUUUGGAGGCAGCCGCAGAGCAAUGCACGAUUAAACUUCAAAGUACCUUUCCUGCCGCUGGUGCCAAUCCUCAGCACCUUCAUUAACAUCCUGCUGAUGGUCCAGCUGGAUAAAGGCACCUGGGCGCGGUUUGCCGUCUGCAUGGUCGUGGGUUUCGUUAUUUACUUCGCCUAUGGGAUUUGGAACAGCGUGGAAGGGAAAAAUGCGGAAACAGCCCAUGCCACAGCAGAAAAACCUCUGCACCAUCCUGGACAGGACCUCAGCCCUGGGGCUGCUGCGGUCUGAGGGCCUGGAGACCAGAGCUUCAUGGACCUCUUCGCCCCUUUGGGACAAGAUCAUGAUCCAGACAGUACAUCCAUCCCCUCUCCUGCAGAGACUGAGUCCCUGAAGUACUAAGGUCUGAACAAAAGGUCCUGGGUCAAAGCUGACCUAGGAUGAAUGUCCCAACUGAAUGUUUGAUGUUUCCACUCGUUAACAAAGUAUCGUUAUAUGUACUCACUUAUUGGCAAAACAUGUUCACCUUUCUGUAUCUAGAAACAGCAUAAGGCUACA